UUCUUCUAGAGAGAUGAUAAGAGCAGGAUCAGUGGGAACAAGAGCGACCUAUGACGAGCCAUAUGAUUCUGAAUUUGAAAACGCUGUGAACAAUCUUCUAUCACGGGUCUAGUAACAUCAACUGCUAUAUGUGUGUGCCCAUCACAGUUCCUGAUAAAGCUGUUAAACGUGAAAACGUUUGACCCAAGCAACCACUUUUUAACAGAGCUUUCAAUAGUUUUGUUCGUUUUCUUGUUUGGUUUCCUAAUAAGCAUCUGAUAUGCACCUACUGUUAUGAACAUUCUAUAGAAUCGCAAAUGUUAUCUAAUUGAUUGCAACUCUGUUGGUACAAAACAUGAAAUCUUAGGGUCUCCAUUACACAAAAUUCAAAAGGAGCAAUAUUAAUAUACUUGAAACCUUGAAAGCUAAUAGUUACAUCUUAUGAGCAAUACCAAAGAGAACACUAAUAUUCCAUCUAACGCCUGAUCCUUCACCACUGCACCGUUCAAUAGAAACCAUUUGUAUAUGUUUCAUGGUGCCUAUUGUAAACCAGGUUUUGGUCAAAGGAAUAGUGUCUUCUUAAGCACAAUUUUCAAGGGCUCACUUCAAUGUUCUGUACUUGGAAACUUGUGUAGCUUGCUCCCGAUGAACAUAAAUUUAAAUGCAUGACGACUCUCUAAGGCUUUACACUAGACAUAGCCAUCUUAUAUAAUCGUCCUUAGUCUCUCCAUUUUUCCAUCCUCCUGAAACUACUGUAUUUGUUUCUUAAAAAGAGAUGAUAAGAGCUGGACAAGUGGGAAGAAGAGCCCCAUGGAACUUAGGUGAAUUUGCCGAGCUGUGGGACGUGCCAGAUGACACUGAAUGGGACGAGAAGGGACGGACCAUGAUCUCUUACAUAAGAUCUAUUCAGUUUGGCUACUAUGGAAAUGAAGCUCCAGUCCUGUCUGAAAAGUAUGGUUCCUCUGACGACCAUUAUACUAACCUUUCAAAUGAGUUUGUGGCGGUGAAACUGGGUAAAGAUGAAUAUGUGACUGGAUUGAGUGGAGAAUUGGGAUUGUGUGAAGGAAUCAGAAACUUGACGUUUCACACUAACCUUGGGAAGUGAAAACAUUUGACUAAGCAACGUUGUCUUGUAUCAGCCUUCAAAAGUAGUUUGGUUCUCUAUAAAAGAAUGUAGCUUCAAUGGAGCAUGCAAUGUCCUUGCGUCAUCUAUUUCUCUUAUCUGAAGUAAUAAAGAGCCUAUUUGCCUAAAGUGUAUUUUCUUUGUUGGUUUAGAAUAUGAAUAGAUUUUACUAAUGUUCAACAAAAUGAAGUAGCUGUGUUAACACCAUCACUAGUAGCCAAAACAGCAAAUAUAUUGUUGUUCCACAGAUUCACACACUGUCUUUUGAGUACAUUGGUAUAUCAUUCAUAUAGAAACAGAGGAAAAGCAGAGAGAACACACAAAAACUAACUUCAACUAGAACAAAACUCCACAGUGAAAACUGAGUACAGACCCAAACGCUCAACUGUUUUUAACUACCAGAAGUUUACUAAAAGACCAAACAUAAGACACUGAAAGAAAAA